AUGAAAACAAAGAGCCUGUAUGAGGGUACCGGAGGGACACUUAUUACCUUUGGGAUUAUAAGCAUUUUCUCUGGAAUUUUUGCUUUCUUUCCUGUUUUUUCUUAUAAGCCUUGGUUUGCUGGCUGGAGCAUUCGAAUCGCCUGUCCCAUCUGGAAUGGAACUUUGGUAGGCCACAACAAAAAUGUUAGCAGGGAAAAGGCUAUUAUUGCUGGUGUACUUAUCCUUUUGGCUGACAGAGGACAAACACAAAGAUCACUUUGGGAAGCAAGCUUCACCUUUGGCAUAUUGAGCAUCAUGGGCUCCCCAAUUCAAUUUGCUGUUGCAAUUGUCUCCAUCCUGCUUGGUCCAUACUGCUACUAUUCAUUUGCUGGGAUUUCAGGGACUAACUAUCUCGGUUAUGCAGUUUUGUUCCCUUUUCCCUACGAGGAAUGUAUGUCUCUUUGCAAGGACCCACUGCACUACGAGUGGUACCAUCUGAUUCUACAAAUACUAGACCUUUGCUCAAGUUUUGUCAUGUUUUGUGCUUCUUUGGCUAUUGUGAUCAAGCUCACUGCAAGACUGCUCCAAUUUGGACAUUUAAAUGUGAGUAUUAAUCAUUAUGGGGAAGGUGGAUUACUGCCGGUAACACAGUAG